GGCAGGGAAAAAGAGGAAACACAAGGAAAACUAGACUGCCAAGGUCUCAAGACAACAAUGGAGAAAUUUACUACUGUACCUUUCUAUCACAUCAAUACAACAGAUGUAUCUCAUGCAAAUGUCUCUUUGUUUGACAAGUAUGCAGAGCUGAGACAGUCUCUCAACACCUUGUCCCUCGUUGUUUACUGUCUGGCCUUUGUCCUUGGUGUGCUCGGGAAUGGAGUGGUUAUCUGGGUGACCGGGUUCAAGAUGAAGAAAACCGUUAACACAGUUUGGUUCCUCAACCUGGCUGUGGCCGACUUCCUCUUCACAGCAUUCCUGCCCCUGAGAGUGACCUACAUGGCUUUGGAUUUCCACUGGCCUUUUGGCCAGUUCAUGUGCAAACUUCAUUCCACUAUAACCUCUCUGAACAUCUUUGCCAGUGUCUACAUUCUGAUGGUGAUCAGUGUGGACAGAUGUGUGUCUGUGGUGUUGCCCGUCUGGGCCCAGAACCACCGGAGUGUACGCAAGGCGUCCUGUGUGAGUCUGGGUGUUUGGGUACUGGCUCUGAUUCUCAGCAUUCCUGACUUCAUCUUCAGGGACACUGAGCCGUCAUCUAACAAUGACAAAAUCAUCAACUGCUUCAACAACUAUGUUCUUUCUGGUAAUGAAACAUCGUCUGUGAUACAGCUUCGUGAUGAGGCCAUGACCAUCACUCGCUUCCUCCUGGGAUUUCUUGUCCCCUUCACUGUCAUUGUCUCCUGUUAUGCUGUGAUAAUCCAUCGUAUCAGAAGAAACCGCACCCUGGCCAGCCAGUCAAGUCGCCCCUUUAAGAUCAUCGCCGCAGUUAUCACCACUUUUUUUCUGUGUUGGGCUCCGUAUCACAUCAUGGAAUUAAUUGAGAUGGUGAAUUUCAGGCCUACUUAUGAUAGUGAAACAUUGCACCUUGUCACCAUUAUUGGUGGUCCUAUAGCAAAGAGCCUGGCCUUUCUCAACAGUGGCUUGAACCCACUGCUGUAUGUGUUCAUGGGACAAGAUUUCAAAGACAGAGUUCAUAAAUCUAUCCUGAAUGUUUUGGAGAAUGCCUUCCAGGAUGAGGUUUCUCGCUCUCACACCUACAAAACGUCUACGGUCAUCAGCAGAAGCAAAGAUAAGUCAGUUAGUGACACUUCGGUAUGAAGUUAUCCAUGAUAUGAAUAAACAAAAAAUGCAAUUGUAAAUUAUUUCUACACCUGGAAUUGUAAAGAACAGAUCUGUUUUAGUGUGCUAAAUACCUACAUGGUUAUUAUGAGUUAAUUAUGAUCCUAAGGUUUUCUGUUAUUUCUUAACGCUUAGACAACACACAGUAAAACCACAGGAAAGGCAUGGCCUGCUUAUUCUUUGUAUGACUGUGGUUAUGAAUAUUGUGAUAUGUAUGAAUAAAAGAUAGUAGGAGAUAUUGGGUUUGGGGUCCUCCCCUAAGAAAAUUUGAAGGUUUUUGACUUAAAACUAAGCA